AUGGCCUCGGCUCUCCGCAGGCCCGUCCAAUGGCUGUGCCACGAGUUUGGCGUCGCGUCCGUCUACACGACGGGCCCGGACACUUGGCUCGUCAUCUUCUCGCGCACAUGCCGCAUGUUUGCCUUUGGCGCCAUCUCCCUCAUCAUUGCCCUCUUCCUGUCCGCCCUCGGCUUCUCCGACUUUCGGAUUGGCCUCUUCAUGACCUUGACCCUGGCCGGAGACGUCGUCCUCUCCCUGGCCACGGCUCUGGUUGCCGACCGGAUAGGCCGCCGCCGCAUCCUCUUGCUGGGGGGCUCGCUCAUGGUGCUCUCGGGCGCCGUCUUUGCCUACUUUGAAAACUUCUGGAUCCUCCUCGGCGCCGCCGUCGUCGGCGUCGUCAGCGCCACUGGCGGCGACUUCGGGCCCUUCCGCUCCGUCGAGGAGUCGACCCUCUCCCACCUGACGACACCCUCGACCCGGUCCGACGUCUUGUCCUGGUAUGUGACCACGUCGACGCUCGGCUCGGCCGUCGGCACCGAGCUUGCCGGCCGCGCAGUCGACUAUCUGCUGCGCUUCAACGGCCGCUCCAUCAUCAACGCCUACCACGCCAUGUUCGGCAUCUACGUUGCCAUGGGUGCAUUGACCAUUGUCUCCACGCUCCUCAUGAGCAAGCGGUGCGAGGCCGACGAGUCGUCCGAGCAAGAUGCCAUGGCCUCGGAGCCUCUGCUUGGCGAGGAGCCGAACGCAGAGGGAAGCAAUGAGUGUCACAAUGCCGACGGAUCGCCACCUGCGAGCCCGGCUACACCACCCGAGGAAAGCCCACGCGACCAGAGCUCGCCGGAGCCUCAGUCUCGCUUGGCCCGAAUGUGGAGGCUAUGGAUCCUCCUGACCAUAGACUCCUUGGCCGACGGCAUGGUCUCGUACGCCCUGACAAACUAUUAUCUCGCGAGAAAGUUCGACCUUUCCGAGUCGUACCGAGGAGACAUCAUGUCCAUCAGCUACCUACUCAUGUCUAUAUCCACCAUCUUUGCAGCGCCGCUUGCUCGUCACCUCGGCCUCAUCAAUACCAUGGUCUUUACGCACCUGCCGUCCUCGGCGGCCGUGCUGCUGUUCCCCAUCCCCCAGAGCGUGGGCAUGACCAUCACCCUGCUCUUUGUCCGCACCGGCCUCAACAACAUGGACCAGGCCCCGAGAGCCGCUUUUAUAGCCGCCGCGGUCAGGCCCGAGGAGCGGACGGCCGUCAUGGGCAUUACGGGCUUGUUGAGGACGUUGGCUUCGACCAUCGGCCCUAGUCUGACUGGUUUCCUUGCCGGCACCGACAGGUUCUGGAUAGCCUUUGUCAUUGCGGGAGCCUUGCGCAUCGGUUACGACCUCGGCCUUUUUUUCCUCUUUGUCGGCCUGAAGCUGCACGCUCUCGAGCCAGCAGAGGACCAGGCUUAUGAUCCGACGCGAUCCGACGAGGAGACAACUUCUGCCGAGGCUGUAGAUGGCGGAAGGGCUGCCUUGGCAAGAGAUUAG